GCCUCAUCUGCUGCUGCUGCCGCUACUACUGCUGCUCGUCGCAUCGGCCAGCCCGUCCACCAACUCGACUCGCCAGUGAUCGCUCCUGUCCACACAAUCCUGCAUCAGCCAUGUCCCGAAUCCUGACCACCCUGUUCGAACUUACCCUGGUCUCCACCGCCUUCUCUGGCGCUCGUCGUGCCGGGCAGUUGGACUUCAACUACCAGCAAAUCGACAACGAAACUGUGCGAACCGUCGUCGAGUCCUAUUUCAAGGUCGGCGACUACGUUGUCGAUUUCAGCGUCAACCAAAUGAGAAAGUACCCGACCUGGUUCCCACGAAGCGGAUAGACUCCUCAGCCUCGUCCUCUGUCCACCCAUUAUUUUAUUGUUUGCUCCCAUCCCCCCUUCCUAUUCCAUCGCACUGCCUGCUCUCGCCCGUUUCUGGACCGUCGCUGCGAUCCCUCAUUGUUCUCAUGUACAGCUUGUCUCGAGCCGACACAGCCGGAGCAGCUAGCAAAGCGAAUACAAUGCAAUGCAACUCG